GUUUGUAGGUCACUCUAGACAAUCUAUUGGUUUUAAGUAUUCCCGUCCCAGGCGUAAAGGGCGAAUUUUAUGCAGUGAUUCUGCUAUUGGGAUUUUGUUCUCUAAAUUGUUCCUCUUGUUUGGUCGCCCAUCAAUAAAUUAAAUGCCAUGAAAUUUGUAACUUUUAAAACACUACUUUCGAUGCUGUUUAUACAUUGUGAGGCUUACAGUUUUAGUGACGAACAGAGUCUUCACACUGCGAUAUUUCCAGCUUCCUACGACAAUAAUGUGCGACCAGGAGAAAACAGGUCGAUCCCCCUGCAGAUUAAUAUAACGUUUUAUUUCAAGAGCAUCAAGGAGUUUGACGAGUCCGUCAGUAAGUUUUCUAUCACUGGAGCCCUUGAAGUAAGCUGGUUAGACCAUCGCUUAACCUGGGACCCCGCCACGUAUGGGGGAGACCUAGACCUCACGAUCAUUCCUCAGAAAAAAGUAUGGAUUCCAUUUCUAGUAAACAUGCUUAUGUACGAUGCCUUGGAAGAAGUGGGGCACAGUGACAUGAAUGUUAGACUUGAAAGCAGCGGUCGUCUGAAUUGGGUGUCACCGAAUAUAUUUGAGAGUACUUGUGAUGCCGACCUGUCCUACUACCCUUUCGAUUAUCAGACCUGCUUUUUGCGGUUUUAUAUUCCUGGAUUCAUGCCGACUGAGAUUGAUCUAGUUCCUGUUAGACAGACUAUGAACCUGGCCGAGUACAUCGAAAAUGCACUUUGGGAUGUAACAGAAACUAAGGUAUACACUACUAUUGAUAAUUUGAAGCUGCAAGAGCUGGUGAUGUCUGUUACUAUGAAAAGGCGAUCGGUGUAUUAUAUAUCAAGUUUAGUUUUGCCAGUUGCAUUUCUUUCAAUUCUUCAACUUGCCGUAUUCUUCAUGCCGCCUGAGAGCGGAGAACGCGUUGGAUUUGUGACGACAGUCCUUCUGGCUGUGGCCGUAUACCUGACUUUAAUACAAGACAAACUUCCUGAAGGGUCGGAGCCAAGUGUAGCUUACCUCAGUUACAAGCUUCUAGGAGACUUCAUGGUGGGAGUACUGAUGACGAUUGGCGUUAUCAUAGGAUUGAUAUUCUACAGCAGGGAAGAUGGCGUCGACAUCCCAAAUUAUUUACGGACUUUUCACAAAUUAAUUCUUGGCAGAAAACUUUGUAUAACUCGAGAGAAGCGUAAAGUUACAUGGACAGACAACGAGGGCGCCAUGGAUAGUACAGUGGUGGAAAAAGUUGCCGAUGACGACAUCAGAAGCAACGAAUCCAGUCCACUCGUGACCUGGAGAGAAGUUGGGCAGGCCACGGAUCGUUUUUGUUUGAUUAUGUUUGGUUUUGUGUUGAUCAAUUGUAAUCUCAUAUAUAUCGUUGUUAUUGCUACAAUUAAUUAGUAUACAAGCUGUUCUUGAUAUUUCAGCAUAGAAACUGGGUUUUAUAAAUUUCUAACUGAAUAUUGGUACUUUUUACAGCUUAAAAUUAAAGCUGACGUUAAUUCAUGAAUACGCAUUAUUUCCAUUUUAUCUCCGACUACCGCCAUGUAAGUCAGUGGCGUAGCGCCCUUUACGCAAAAACGCAAAUGAAUACACAAAAUUUUGCAAAGCAUAGGUCUUAUGAUUUGAGUUUCCUAUUGUUUGCACGUAAACAAAUAGUAUUGAGACUCCACUGAAUUAUAAUCUCAUUCUGCAUAUUUAGUAUUCAGUUCUCAUCGUAAACCUUGCAAUUACUACGAUUCCGGAAAAGACCGUCAUUCCAUACUUUACAUUAAUUCAUACUUUUUAUGCAUCCGGUUUUGAGUUUACUACGUAAGAAAUCUAAAUAUAAAAAGUAUGUCAGUACAAAGCAAUUUAACAAACUGUGAGGAACUUAUAUUGUAUCAUGGUAGUGAAUACGGUUUUUGUGUAAAAUUUAGGUAUUUUUUAACUCUUUUACGAUUACGACGACAAAGAUCACACGGCGAGUGUAAUCGGUCAGAAGAGGAUUUUCAGUCCUCCAUGAUGGCACCUGAUCCUACCUCUGAAUUUUUUUAGAGUUCCGUUCUUGCUCUGCUCCUGUUUUGUAUUGUUCCUCGAACUUUUGAUUUUGAAAACUGUUCGUAAUCAUCACAUAGUAUGUAUGAAUUAAGCUUGUUUGUGUUG